AUGGCUGUCAACCUCCGCAUUGCUGGGGAUGGCUCAGGAGAGUUCAGCGUUGACAGCUUUACUCAGAUGCAGAGAGACAGUAACCAGUCUUGGAGGAAGGAAGCUCGAGGUCCUCUGGAGCCAAGGGAAUUUGCCAUAAAACCCAGCACAACUGUCAUCCGUGCCCUGGGAUGGCAGGACCUCAAGAUCACCCUGUGUUCCAACACGGUGAGAGAGUACAAGCUGGAGCUGGUGGUGGACGUGGUUGGUGUUGGCAAUAGGUGGUUGGCACUGCCCCUCACAGCCAGAUGCGUCGUUCCUGCACUGCGAGUGCUCAACCCUGUCAUGAGUUUAGGAUACUGCUUGCUAAAGUUUCCCCGCGAGGAGAAGCUGACCCUUGUGAAUGACAGCGACUUCCUGGCUGCUACCGUCUUCUCUCUCAGGUUUGGCCUUGCCUCCAGCUCCUCCCCUCAAAUGUUACUGGGGGGCGUUAUUACGGGAAUAAAAAGGUUUGAAUAA